AUGGACAACUUCGAUGAAUUUGGGAAUUAUUUAGGCCCAACCAUCCCAAGUCACACAUCGCCUUUACCUGAUCAACCAAAUGCAGAAAACCCGCCACCUCCUGAACAUAACUCUCCCGACAAACCCAAUCUUUGUUUAAUGGAAGAAGAUAAUUCCGAUGCUCUUCCCGAUAACCAAAUAGUUCUUCAUGAGGACAAAGAGUAUUAUCACACCGCUGAAGACGUAUAUGGCGAAGACGUAGAGGUGUUGUUUAGAGAUGAAGACGAACAGUCAUUGGACACCCCAAUUAUACCACCGAAGAAUAAAAAAGUGAUCAAAAAUGAAUUUGACUCCAUCCCACUGAGUAACACCAACUUUGAGUAUUUGAAGGAGUUGAUGAAGAACACGUCGAAAAUCAGAAACAUUGCAAUAGCAGGCGCUUUACACCAUGGAAAGACUGAACUUGUUGAUGUAUUUUAUCAGUACACGCACGAGAAACAAAUUGACGUCGAGAAGAUGACGCAACACUAUUUAGAUAACAGACUCGAUGAACAGAAAAUGAAGAUCAGCCUUCAAACCAAUUACAUCACAUUAUGUCUGCCAACUACACGAAAUGGUCAUUUUGUAGUGAAUAUUGCAGACACUCCUGGUCACUGUGAUUUCAUUGAUGAAAGAGUGACAUCCUUAUCUUUAAUGGACUCGUUGCUGUUAGUAGUCGAUGUGAGUGAGGGGGUACUCCAAACAACACGAGACGUUAUUAAAGAAGCCAUUUUGCACCACAAAGAAAUAGUACUGGUGUUGAGUAAAAUAGACAGACUUAUUGUGGAGUUGAAACUCCCACCAGAAGAUUUUUACUGUAAAGUGCGAGAGGUAGUCAUCGAUGUCAAUUCUGAAAUACGUGCAUACGGUGGGGUACCCGUAUCUCCAGAAGACAAUUCCGUUGUUUUUGAAUCUUCUGUGUUUGGCAUCUUCUUCACACUUCAGUCGUUUGCAGUCAAAUACAUCCCAAAAAAGUGCCAACCAACAUUGGAACAGAAAUUACGAGGAGCUAUUCCAUUCGACCCAAAGGUAUUUGCAAAGAACUUGUGGGGCGACUUCGCAUUCGACCACAAAACACACAAAUUCACGAAACUCACUGAAAAUUCAAAGAGAGCGUUUGUCGAGUUUGUCGCAGAACCCAUUUACAAGCUGACUGUGUCGUGCAUAUCAUUCGAAGGAAAACAACUCAAAGAGGCGUUAAGGAGAUUUGGAGUGAAAUUGGAAGGGGACGAAAACAAGAUGAAUAACAUGUCGAUACUUCGAACAGCAUUUUCUAAGUUUUUUGGUGAGUUGAAUAUGACAAGCAUAGGAGAUGUUUUGUUUGGGCUUCAAGACUCCACUAUUGGUGGGAAACGUAUUAAUGAUAUCAAAAAUUCGAGUAUUAAAAGUGCUGUCGAUGUGUGUUCCCCAGAUGGAAUUGUUGUUGCAAGUGUUUUGCGAAUGACUCCCGACAAAACGUGUCACGAGAAUUUGGGAAUAGUCAGAGUGUGGAGUGGUGUUUUGAAGAAAGGGAAGUACACAAUUCUCAAUGGUCAAUUGUGCAAUAAUACGUUGGAUAAGAUGGAAGAAGACUCCCUACAAUGUGACAUCAAUGAGGUUUCGAUUAACAUGGGGAGAUACUUUGUGCCCAGCGAAAUACCGUGUGGGUGUGUUUGUGUUGUACAUGGCAUCGAGAACAACGUCGAGAAGAGUGGGACAAUAUAUGGUGAUGGUACAACUGAAACAGAAGAUAUUUGUCUCUAUAAGUCGCCAAUUCCAACAAUGAAAAUUGUUGUUGAACCACUGAACCCAGCUCAAACGCAAUUGGUGCGGAAAGCUAUUACACGAGCAGUCCAGUGCUACACGGGGAGUCAGGUCAAAUGCGAAGAAAGUGGCGAGUUGAAUAUCAUUGGAUACGGUGAGAUGUAUUUGGACUGCCUACUACGUGACAUUCGAUUGAUGUUUGGGGAGUUUGAAAUGCGAGUGAGUGACCCAAUGGUAGUAUUUAGAGAGUCUAUUAGUGUUCAGUCGCAGAUGAGAAGCAUCUCGAUGUCUGGAAACAAGAAAAACAAAAUUGGAGUCAUUGUUGAACCGCUUGACGAAAAGAUAUGUGACGGGAUAUCAUCUGGUAACAUUCACAUGUGUGGCGAUCUUCCUAAUAUCCUUCGAAACAAGUUCAACGUUGAUAUUUUAGAGAGCAAGUCAGUCAUGAGUAUCUCUAAUAAUCCAAAUAUGCUCGAAAACGAUGUUUUAGACCCAAAUACUCGAAGUCAAGUGUACAAGGUAUCGCAGUCAUGUGGUAUUGGAUUUAAUUGGGCAAUGAAAACGGGGCCAUUGUGUGAAGAGGAGAUGAUGAAUUGUAAAGUGAGAAUCAUUGAGGCAAGCUUGGAAGAGAAUGCAGACCCACAGCAAAUCAUGCAAGCGAUGAGAAAGGCUAUAUACGCCGGAAUAAUAUUGGCAAACCCAGUCUUACUCGAGCCGAUUUACUCUGUUGAAAUCUUGACGCCAGAAGUUGCUCGAAGUCGAAUUGAAAAGAGUAUACGAGAGAGAAGGGGGUUUGUGGAUAGUGUCAAGGCAAUAGAUGGCACCCCGUUUAUCGCGAUGUAUGCGUCGUUACCUUUGAUGGACAUGUUUGGGUUUGAAAUUGAUGUUCGUUUCUUCACGCGAGGACAGGCAUUUGUUCAGUCUCGAUUUGAGCGAUGGGGUAUUGUCCCUGGUGAUCCUCUUGAUAAAGAAAUCAAGCCUCUCAACUUACAACCAAACCCACAGCCUUAUCUUGCACGAGAAUUUAUGAUGAAAACACGAAGAAGAAAAGGUCUUACUGAUGAUGCUGACAUUGAAAAAUACUUUGACGGCGAAAUGUUAGCAACGAUGAAUCAACUUAAUUUCAUCUUUUGA